UAUAUAUAUAUAUAUAUAUAUAUAUAUAUAUAUAUAUAUAUAUAUAAAUAUAUAUAGAGGCAGGCAGCAUCAGAGGGGUCAAACACCAUCAUGCAGCUGGAGAUUAUCAGACUCAUUUCAAGUUAGUGUUUGACUGCUUGCGCAAUCAAGUAUUUGAUCAUCUUGUGAUGUGAGAUGUGUGUUAUCUUCUAUUAAUCUUCUAUUAUCUAUUAAUCAUGCUUUUUCUAAAUCUGUUUUAAAACAAUAUUAACACGCACACAUGUAUGUUCACUGUAAACUCUAUAAUGUUCAUUAUGGCCACAAAGAGAUGAACAAUAUUUUGGUUAAAAAUAAGAAGAAAAAAAUGAUUUAUCUUCCAGUCUUUUUAAUAAUAUCCUCUCUGUUUAUGAUAUUACCUUCGGAAAUAUUUUGUUCGUGUUGCAAGACCAGUAGCCGUCCAAUUUAAUCAUCCACACAAAAAACAGCUGGCUAACACAGAUGUAAAUACUUAAAUACUUUUUUAAUGCCCAAAAUGUACCAUGGUUUUUUUUAAUGAAAGCAGUACCUCGGUGCAGACUCCCGUACACUGGUUAUUCUAUGGUAACGCGGUGCAAAUUUAUUUGAAAAAUGUUGUGGAAAUGUGUUGUGUUUCUGUCUCUGCGUGUCAGUCGUCACCUUCUUCCUGCCCGAUGUCCGCUGGGACCACGACAAGCGGCUGCAGGCGCCGGCCGUCUCUUCUCCUUUUCCUUCUACCUACAUCCUCUAGCCGCCAGCCCAAGAUGGAGACUCCUUUCUACCACGACGACUCCGCCGCCAUCGCCGGCUUCAGCCAGUUCGCAGAAUACGACCGUUACCCAGGAAACAAGGUACUGGCGAGCAAGAAGGCCGCGCCAGUGGUGGGCAGUCAUCACUUCCCCAGCGGCGGGGCAGCGGGCGGGAGAGUCACCAACCACCACAAUGUGGGGCUCGCAUGCAACGGCUCUUUGUUGACGUCGGUUGUGCCUUCGGCGGACGUUAGCUCGCUAAAGCUGGCACCCCCCGACCUGGAACACCUGAUGAUCCAGUCCCACCAGGGACUCGUCACCACCAGCCCCGUGUCAAACUCCGGCAACCCCUUCAUAUACCGCAACCAGGCCACCAACGAGCAAGAAGGAUUUGCUGACGGCUUCGUGAAAGCGCUCGCCGACCUUCACAAGCAGAACCAGCUCGUAGGAGGCGGCCACGUGUCCCCGUCCUCACCCUCCAGCAUCUCCCUGCAAGCGUCCUAUCAGAGGAACCUGGUGUCUGGAGGAGACAUGCCGAUCUACACCAAUCUCAGCAGCUACAAUCCGAGCCACAUGCCGUAUCCUGGGGGGCAGAUAGCAUACGUUUGUAGCGCUGGCCAAGGCGGCGGUGGAGCCCCUCAACCCCAAAUCCGAAGCGUGGACACCCCUCAGAUCGUCCCCGAGGCGCCUCACCUGCCGGGUGACUCCAUGUCUCCACCCUCCCUCGCCCCGAUCGACCUUGAGACGCAUGAGCAGAUCAAAGCAGAACGCAAGAAGCUCCGCAACCGCAUCGCAGCAUCCAAGUGCCGCAAGCGAAAGCUGGAGCGUAUUUCGCGGCUGGAGGAGAAAGUGAAGGUUCUGAAGAACCAGAACUCGGACUUGGCCUCCACCGCGGCCAUGCUGCGGCAGCAGGUCAAGCAGCUCAAACUGAAGGUCAUGAGUCACGUCACAAAUGGCUGCCAGAUAGCUGUUGCUUUGGCCGCUGCCAAGUCAGGGGAAGGACGCCCCGGCAGCGAGGACCGCUGAGGAGCAGGAGCCCAGGAGAACAUGUAGAACUUACGUUAAGAGGGUUUACUUGGAGCAGUUUGCCACAUUGUUGCACUCCCGGUCAGAGUGAGCGGGGAGCAGAUCAGGACAAAUGAGUGUUUGGAGGGAUUUAUGUGGUCACACAAACAAGAGUCAAUCCUACAGCCGGAGGAGUUUACAAUACAGAAAGUUCAAGUUAGGACAAUUUGAGUCUGGACAGCAGUUUAUUAGAAGAAAAUCUGGCAAAUGUGGCUUGAAGAGAAUCUAAAUUUGAAAAGAUACAACACAUUUUUUGACAGAUUAAUUGACUUUGCAGAAAUUUUCACCAAGAAUAUUUCCUAUUAAUAUUAAAAUACUGUGUUAGUAAAUUACCUGUUUAAACUCUCUUUGUACCGCGUGUAGUUGUAACAAAAGUAACAAAGAUAGGAGACAAGAAGUUUUCUAAUCGCUCAAAGCAAAAACUAGCGAUUCCAUUACCUUCUGUUACAGAGUGAUGCUCAAAAUGACUGAUGAUGAAGUUUGAAUUUUUAACAAAAAAAAUUUGUUUUGUAAUCUGAUCGCUGUAAACUUAUUACCUUUUCUUUUACUACAAGUCCACUAUGUGAUUUAACAAAGCUAAAGGACCAUUACAUAACAAAUGAAAACCUUUUUACAUGUCUGUUGCUGAAGUUCAGCCGUGGUUGGUAAACAUGAGAGUUUCUUAGCUUUCCUUUUAUCUGAAUAUACUUUUAACAGUUAGAAGUGCCAUUGUUUCCCCUCUUUUAUCUGGCUGUUGGGUCGUGAAAGCUUGUCUUACUUUGUCUCAAUCUUUCAGGAAAUGAACAUCUGAAGACGUCCAAGUCCUCUGUGAAAUAAAAUAUAUUUUUUAAAUAGAACUCAUGAA